AUGAAGAUGGAUCCCGCCAGCAGGGCAGACACCGCGGCGAGGACGACCCGCAUGGGACAGACCAUGGCUGCAGGGGCCGUGUACCAGCCCCUGUGCGGCGCGUUUCAAGCUCGAGGUACCCAGCACGGUGCGAGCGAUUUUCUUUACUCUGCUGAAUAUAAAUUGUGGGUGAACCGAGCUUGGCAAGUACUCUUGGUGGCCAGGGAUGAUGUCAGUCUGGCUUGGCUGGCCUGGUAA